CGCGUGAUGGAACGCCUAGGAAGAAGCAGGAUGUUGGCAAGAAGGACUCUGGAGAUCGGUUCCUGCCGCUUGCUGCUGUUGAGAAUUUCCGCAAACUUUUGCGGCAAAAACCGUCCGAGUGGUGCGCGCGAUGGUGGACAUCGCGAAGGGAACUCGGCAAGCGUCUGAACUCGGACUUCACCGGUGAUUACUACUUAACACUGGAAGACGCGACGAAGGCUGUUCUGCAGACGUUCGAAGUACCGCCAUUUCAGCACAGCGCCCUGCGGCGACUACUCGCGAGACGGUGGAACUGGCCGCUGUCGGAGACCGACCUUCUGGGCUUCGGGCAAUUGCGUGAGGGAGAUACCGCGUGUCUCUGCAACACUCGCGGCACCGAAUUAGAGUCUGAUGGCUGCGCGAAGGACGGAAGGCUUGUUCGCGUGCUCGGACGUGUCGAGGACCGCUACGCAAUUGAGAUCUCACCAGACCCCAGUGACGGGCCCCUUGCAGAAACAGCCGCUGCACUCGUGUGCCGAGAAAACCUAGAUACUGUUCUGCCUUUGGCUUUAGACGAGCCGCCCCCAGAGGGGCUUCUUCGCGUGCGCGGAGCCGGAGGAGCCGGACUUUCCGUUAACGGGGACUACUACACCGUUGAUACAGAAUCCUAUCGUGGCCGGCCAAAGUACAAGAACCGCGCAACAAACGCUAUCAUCUACUGGGGUGGUUUUUGGAAGAUGAACUACUACGACGACACUGCAGGAUGGUACUUGGAAGCGAUUCUUUGACCAUAGGCAUUCUAGUUUGAUUCGUUCUCGUCAAGCCUUACCAUUUAUCUUCACCAGUCUAUUCAUGAUGGUAUACCCAUUCUUUGAUGAGCAAGUUUUGAGCCUGGUGCGUUUGAUUAUGCUCGUGACAGGUACUAUGCUAUGGAAGGAUCGAUGAACGCGAACGAGCCUCCUGAGGGCCAGUGGACGAAUUGGGGGUACAGUGGAGGCCGCGCCUACCCGUGCCCUUUUUUGUCGAGGACGAUGCCAUUCCCAAAGCCGACACGCGCUAUUGAAGUUGGUGACCGUGUCGUUCUCAAAAAUGACGGCCCACAAUCCAGCAGUUUCCUAUCAGAAGCAAUUUCGCCGCGAACACCGAGGAACUUCUACCAGUAUUUUUCACCAAGAGACGUGGGUGAGGUGACCGGCAUCGUUGACAACAGUAGUGAAAACGUAGACAAUGGCUCGAGAAAUUAUGGCACUCGUAUUCGGACAAUGUGACAUUAACCAGCUUUUCAAUCUGACUAAUGAAAAUGAUUUUCGUCUUUGCUGGUGUACAAAAUUUGUGGAAGGUCCAUUUGCUGGUCGAUGUUUUUUAUAGGAACACCUGAAAUAGAAAAUUGAAAUUCUUGUUGAUGUGACCAUCUGUAUGUUGGGAUAGACUAGAGAGAGAGGUCUUUUUCUCUUCAUUGAUCCGUGGACUUGCGCAUUCGGAAUCUACGCACGGGACAUUCUCUGUGGAUCAGCGCGGCUGCUGUGACGCUGAUUGGCGCGCUCACACCGAGUGAGGUGCUCGAGCGCAGGUUUCGUUGUGGCGCGGUCGAGACUUUUGUGGCGUGGAUGAUCAAUCAGUUCACGCAUUUCAUAGCGGCUGGUGAAGACAUGGACUUGGCUACGCCUCGAGCUGGCACCGCCGGACCAUCGGGGAACGUUUCACUUUCGGCUCAGGAGCGACGUCUCACUUUCGCAGACAUCUUAGGAGACAACAACGACGCGACCGAGGAAGGCGACCCCACUCCGCAGUUCGGGCGAAGGCCUUCUGUAGAUGGCGACGGGAACGGUUUUCCCACUGGCAGCUUAGACCUCGUCGACAUACGGCUGGAGCAGCAUGAUGCAAUGUUAAAAACAAACUUCCUACUAAUUUUUUCUGCUAAAAAGAUACGAAUGUAGAUGGUUAUAGAUAGAUGCCUGCUCUAACAAAGGACGAAAACGGUGGUGCGUCACAGUUCGAGAAAAGUUGCGUCAGUGAGGCAAUGAACGAAAUUGAUCAAUUGAGGAGACGUUUCGGAUGGCCCAAAUUGAGCGGAAGACCAAGACCAGCCGAAGGAUGCCCCGAGCUAGUUUUUACACGACCGGAUCCAGAUGCUGCGUGGAGGGCGCGACUCUUUGAGGACACUUUUGCCAGAAUAGGUUCUUUCACAUUUUUGAACAUCGUCUCUGUAAUUUCGAAGCUUCAUGCUGCGCAGAUUAUCAUCAUGUGUGGCAUUAAAAAUGAAUACUUAGCUACUUGAUGACUAGUAUCAUUCUUUAUGUGCUUGCUGUGAUUGAGGACUACACUGUAAAAAGUUGAUCAUGAAAGCGCCACGACAUUUAUUUUGGCUAAAUACCUAGAUGAAAGAACAUCUUGGCAUUGAUUUUGGAAUUGUCAUGACACAGGAUCGCGUUCCGGGGAGUUCUGGCAGCGCGGCUUCAUGAUUAAAUUCCGUCAAGAUGUUGGUAUUGACUGGGGUGCGGUUACCAAAAGCUGGGCAAAUUUGCUGUGCGGAGAGAUGUUCCAUCCAGAAGCUGGACUUAUGGUGAGCGGCUUGUCGCCGGAUGAUUUGAGUAGUGGAGAGAAUCUCAAGAGCAGCGGCUUCUUUCUGCCGGACUGGGCGAGUCGUCGACUCGGUCGCGGUGACGGACUGUCUAGGUCGCUGUACGAAUUCAUGGGUCGGUUUUUGGCGUACUGUCUCUACAUGAACUGUCGGAUCGAGGCGCAACUAGGUUCUUAUGUCUACGCGUGCUUACUGGCGGAUGGCUCUGGGGAUACCAAAUCGGGUGAUAGCAAGUCACGACCGCGUCGCGCCCACCCGUACGCGCUCGUGCGAGAAAGAACUGUACUAGCUGGAGGAGAAGCUGCGCCAGCACGACAUGGUAAAUCGAGCGCGAGCACAUCCUCCUCGUCAAAGCAGCCGCAACAUGGAGAGAAAAAGAUAGUCCCGUAUGCGGCAGUCCUGCAAAACGAGCGGGAGCUGUUGAACACGCUUGCGGACGACCAACUUCCGGGUCCUCGCUGGAACUCUGUGUACGACUGCCUUGACGAUUUGCGCUCCCUCGACGCUGUCAAGGCAAAAGGUUUGGCAGAUCUGCUUGAGUACCCGGAUGCUGAUGCGGUCGCUGAUGUUUUCUGUCUAGAUUUCACCGCGUCCUACCUCUUCAUGGGUGAAGAAGUCCCUUUUCUACUGUGCGAGGGAGGCGACACGAGGGAGGUGACUGGUGACAAUCGCGAAGAGUACGUGCGGCUUCUAUGCAAGUUUCUGCUCAAGACCAGCUGCUACAAUGCCCUCUCGUCCUUCGUUCGAGGCUUUCAAAGUGUCAUUCCCAGACAUUCCUUGCGAAUGCUUUCCCCAAAGCUUCUCGAAGGUAAAGAAGGACUCUCUCUUUGACUCCCUCACUCAUUUUUGACGUGAUAAUUUUGAGGGGGAAGAAGUCAAUAAAUGUGUGUGCCGGCAGAUGUAGAUCGAAAUUACAUAAGCGGUGGGCAAUACUUGCUUCUAUCAUGAACCUUUCGAGUUUUAUGUUUACAAUCACAAUCUCCACUUGCUAGGUAUGAUAUGUGGGCAGAGCGAAGUCCGUGAUAGUGACUGGGCGGAAUUGCGAGGUUGCGUUGUGGUCUCGGUUUCGUCGAACGCGGCCGUCGCGCCUGACCGAUCAGAAUUUUUGCGACGCACCUUCGUCGGGGAGUGGCUUUUCGAAGUGCUCCUGGAAAUGGAUCAGUCGCAACGACGCAAGUUACUCCAAUUUUGGUGCGGAACCACUCGCGUGCCCACUGUCGGUUUCAAAGGACUGCAUCCCGUGAUGAACGUCGCAGUCCUCACGCAACUGGGACAGAAGAUGCUGCCGCAGACGCACGUGUGCUUCCACAAACUCGACCUCCCAGUAUACAGUUCGAAGGCACAGUUGAAGCAGAAGCUCUGCCAAGCAAUUGAGCUGUGCGGGAACGCGGUUACACUAGAAUAAUCGAGGAGCUGGGUGGAUGAGGCUAUUUUCUCUGCUGUUUCCACAAGAUUCCGACUAUAUUAACGUUGACAAUAAAACGAUGAAAACGUUCGCCAUAACAUGUCAUCGUUUCAGUCAUUCAGCUGAUCAAAUUUGUGUACUGGAUAUGAAUUCAAUCCGAUGACGAAGCAGGUAGUAGCUGAACUACAAAGAUUACGCAAACGGUUGCCGGGCGAUGGGAAUGGCACUGAUUUUGAUGAAGUAUUAAGAUUCCAACUCGGCAACUCCUGCAGACAGCGCAGCGACAAUAUACAAUAGUACCCCAGAUUACACUUCGUUCAAGCAAGGCUGAACACAACCUUCACAAUUCUUUACUUCGACUCUUUCAGAAGCAGUUUGAUUCUAUAGUCAACAACAACACGACGUCUCGUUUUGUGACGGGAUGAAAAUUCCAAGAAAUGAUGCCACCCACUCUACUUGUUUCUCGCUUUUUUGCGAGUGACAGCAUGCACGUAGGAAAACUUUUGAUCUGGACUUCAUAAAUGAAAAUGAUGAGGGCUGUCUUGGGCUCAGGAGUCGAAG